GGCGCGGGGUGUUGACAGCAGCCGGCGGAGCAGGAAGCUGCGCCCGGCGGGACACGGGGCCAUGAGCCGAGCGAGGAGGGUCCCGGGCCGGGGGGCCGCCAUGGCCCGGCAGAUGGGGCUGCUGGCGGAUCCCGGCGCCGGGGGCAGCCCGGGGGAUGCCGGCGGUGACGGGGACGCGGUGCUGGAGGCUGAGCUGCUGCUGCUGCUGGGGGGCCGGGAGGCGCCGGACGGGGGGGAUCCGCGCCCCCAGCAAGCUGUGGCAGCAGUCGAGGCCCUGGCCCAGCUCUGCCUCCAGGACCCCCCGGAGGACGAGGAGGAGGAGGAGGAAGGGGAGGAAGAUCUGGAGAACGAGGAGGAGCUGCUGGCAGAGCUGCAGGAGGUGCUGCAGGAGGGGUCCGGGAGCGAGGCCGCCGCGGAGACCCCGCAGGGGCCCGGGGCGCUGCUGGCGGAGCUGACGGAGCGUGCGGAGCUCUACCGGGCGGCCCUCGAGAACGCCGCGGGGGAGAACGGGAACGGGGCCCGGCUGCGGCGCCUCCAGCGCGGCCUCAAGACCCUGGAGCAGAUGCUGGAGUCCGUCCGGAGAGGGAAGUGGAUCGACGAGGCCGAGAUUCCUCCUCCGGUGGCUCUGGGGAAGGGCGGGGGAGCCCCUGGGCCGCCGCCCCCCGUGAGCCCCGAGCCCCCAGCGCAGCCCCCUGCCCCUCCACAGCCGCCCCCAGCCCCGGAUCCCAUCCCGGAUCCCAUCCCGGAUCCCAUCCCGGAUCCCAGCCCGGAUCCCAGCUCGGUGCCGGCGCUCCGGCUGCGGCUGCAGGAGCUGCAGAAGGAAGCGCUGGUGGCCAAACGCCGCGGGGACACGGCCACGGCCCUUGGGCAUUUCCGGGCGGCCAAGAGGCUGGAGGCGCAGCUGGAGGCGCUGGAGCGAGGCCGUGUCCCGCCAGCCCCCGAUCCACAGCCGGAGCAGCCACAGGCUCCAGUCCCGAGGGAUUCACCAGGGAGGGAAUCGCUGGACGCCAGCCCGGCCUCUCCCACUGCGGAGCCGCCCCGGGCGCCACGGGACGUGCGGGAGGCGCUGGAGCAGCGCAUGGAGCGGUACCGGGCGGCCGCCGCCCAGGCCAAGGACAGCGGCGACGCGAGGAAGGCACGGAUGCACGAGAGGAUCGUCAAGCAAUACCAGGCCGCCAUCCGUGCUCACAGCGCCGGCAAAUCCGUGGAUCUCUCGGAGCUGCCGGUUCCCCCGGGCUUUCCCCCCAUCCAGGGCACGGAGAUCCCGUCGGAGCCGAGCAUUUCUGGGAUGCUGGAGGCGGCUUUGAAGCUGACGGAGCAGCAGAAGGAGGAGGAGGAGGAGGACGAGGAGGAGGAAAAGGGAGACCCCAAGGAGGCCAAGGUCCAGCCCGGAGCUCCUCCCAAGCAGCCGCCGGCGCCCCGGAAUUCCCAGCCGGCUGCAAAACCUGCGGGAAAAGCCCAGCAGCAGCUGCAGUUCCUGGAGCUGCGGCGGCGGCAGCUGGCUCAGGCCGCGCUCCGCGCCAAGCGCCGCAACGACCUGGAGGGAGCCAAGCUGCUGCUGCGCCGCGCCAAGGGCGUCGAGGGGCUGCUGGGGGCCGCCCGCGGGGGGCUCCCCGUGGACAUCGCCCAGGUCCCGGAGGUGCCCCUGGACGGGGCAGAGUUCGAGCUGGGGCCGGGCAGAGGGGUCCCGACGCCCCCCGAGGUGGCCAAGACCUUCCUGCAGCUGGCGGGGGCCCUGAGGAGGCAGCACCAGAUGUGCCUCACCUACUCCCGACAAUUCGCUCACCUGGGGAACAUCUCCGAGACCACCAGGUGCGAGGCGCUGGCCGAGGAAUGCCGGCGGCACAUGGAGACCCUGCGGAGGGAGCACGACCGGGGGGGACCCCCCCCGAGACCCCGCUACGAGCAGAGAACCUUCAGUGUCAUCAAGAGCUUCCCGGAGCUGAGCAGCAGCGACCUGGAGCUGGGGAUAGACAGAGGGAUCGGCCUCCCGGUGCCUGCAGGCGUGACCCCCGCAGAGCUGGACACCUUCGUGCGCUUCGAGUUCCCCCACCCCAGCGCGGAGGAGGCGCAGCGGGACAAGACCAACGUCGUGAAAAACACGGAUUGUCCGGAAUUUCGGGCGCGGUUCCGGCUGCGGCUGCUCCGGGGGCACCGGGGGCUCCGCCGGCUCCUGAGCUCCCGCGGGAUCAAGUUCGAGGUGACCCAGAAAGGGGGGCUGUUCCGGCCGGAGCGGGCUCUGGGCUCGGCUCAGCUUCGCCUGGAAGGGCUGGAAGGAUCCUGCGAGCUCCGGGAGCAGCUGGAGCUGCUGGACGGGCGGCGGCGCACGGGCGGGCGCCUGGAGGUGUGGGUGCGGAUCCGGGAGCCGCUGGGCGCUCAGCGGCAGCUGGAGCCGCGCUCCGAGCGCUGGCUGGUGCUGGAACCGGCGGCCGAGACCUCGGUCGCUCUUCCCAAACCCACCGUGGCGGCCCCGAAGGACGGGAACAACAGAUCCACCCCGACAUUCCCGAGCCUCAACCUGCUGCUGUUCGACCGGGAGCGCCUGGAGCGGAAGAUGCUGCCGUUCGGCCGUGCCGGGCGCCCGGUGCCCCCCGAGCUGCGGCAGCAGCACCAGGAUCUGCAGCGGCGCAUCCAGGGGCUGCGGGCACGGCUGCAGGCGGGGGACCCCCACUUCCGCACGGAGUACGCCCAGCACCUGGAGCGGCACCUGCGGCUCUACACGGAGGCGGCGCGGCGCCUCGGCACCCAGGGAGAGAGGGAAGCCGCCAAGGAGGCUCUGUACAAACGGAACCUGGUGGAGAGCGAGCUCCAAAAACUCCGUGGAUGAAUCCCCCCCAUCCCUGCCCUCCCCUCCCGGGGCUGGGACCACUCGGGGGUCUGGGGAGGCUCAGAGGACCCCUCCCUCUGUUUUGGGGGGGCUCUGGGACCACCCCCCCCCAUGGCCACUGUGACAAUCGCAGGGAUCAGAGC